CAGAUCUGUCCCACACAUAUUAUUUCAAUGCCGUAAAAUCGCCCACUGAUAUAUCGAUUUCUUUAUACUGAGACCCUGGGUCUUCAAUAUCACUGUUGCAAUGGGUGCGCAAAUACCCUUUUGUCCAAGGACAACUAUGGCAGUGAACAGAUGAGAAGUUAGACUGGUAAAACUCGCGAUUGCCGUAGUUAUCUGCGAGCUCUGUGCUUGGUACCACAUAUGACCAAAAUGGAAAGAUUACACUGAAAAAUUGAGAUGCAGAAGACUUCUAAAAUGCAAGACGAGCGCACUGAGUACGCGUCUGGAACUCUCCCGUUAUCAAGUGAGUACAACGCGAGCUUCGUGCUUAACAGGACCAAUCUUUCGUGGAGUGACUUGCAGGAUCUCGUUGAUUUGGAUAAACCCGAUUUUGUGGGGGACGGAUCCGCGGUGCUGAGAAUAAUCAUCUCCGUCAUUUACUCGGUCGUGUGCGCUCUGGGUUUAAUUGGAAACAUCCUCGUCCUGUAUCUCAUGAAGUCCAAACAAGCAUGGAAGAAGUCUUCCAUCAACCUCUUUGUGACCAGUUUGGCCGUGACUGACUUUCAGUUUGUUUUGACACUUCCAUUUUGGGCUGUGGAGAAUGCAAUGGAUUUCACUUGGCUGUUUGGUAAGGCGAUGUGUAAGAUAGUUUCUUAUGUCACAGCCACAAACAUGUACGCCAGCGUGUUUUUCCUGACAGCUAUGAGUGUGGCGAGAUACUGCUCUGUGGCUUCGGCGUUAAAAAGUAGGAGACGCCGGUGGCGUUUCUCCGCGCGAUGGAUGAGUAUCAUCAUAUGGAUAGCGGCGGUCGGUGCCGCCCUGCCAAACGCGAUAUUUUCAACGACCGCCACGGUGUCGAACGAGGAACUGUGUCUCGUGAAAUUUCCCGACCGGAGCGGAGACGCGCAGUUUUGGUUGGGUUUAUACCACGCGCAAAAAGUACUGUUGGGGUUUCUUAUCCCCCUCGGAAUAAUCACUAUCUGUUACCUGCUCCUUUUGCGCUUUAUAACCAACAAAAACAUAAACACGUCCAGCGCAAAGAGACGGUCCAAAGUGACCAAAUCUGUGACAAUAGUUGUUUUGUCCUUUUUCCUCUGCUGGUUGCCGAAUCAGGCGUUAACCGCGUGGGGAAUUUUAAUAAAACUCAAUGUUGUCCACUUUAGUUACGAGUAUUACACCACACAGGUGUUUAUUUUCCCAGUGACCGUCUGUUUAGCACAUUCCAACAGCUGCCUCAAUCCUAUUCUGUACUGUUUGAUGAGGAGGGAAUUCAGAAAGGCGUUGAAAAAGCUGUUUUGGCAAAUUACUUCGCCGUCUGUGACGAAUAUGAAACCGUUUACCGCCUCCACGAAGCCCGAGCAAGAUGAGCACGGUCACGCGCUGGUUCCGCUAAGUCCCGCGGAGCCCGCGCUUAUUUUCUAUCCUCCAGGGGUUGUCAUGUACAGCGGCAGAAACGACCUGCUGCCCAACAGCACAUAACUUCAUCACAUACGGGCAAAAUAAUUAUUUUAAGGGGCCGUUCACACCGAACGCAUCUUUGCGUCCAUCUGCGCGUGGAGUGUUUAUUUUUUUAUUUUAUUUUAUUUUUAUUUUUUUCUAUGUAAACAAGAGCUAGACUGACGUCUUUGACAUUUGCGUCGCGUCUCCAACAGGAGCGCAGCGUUGUUUGUGUCAGGUUAAAAAGAACGUCAGCUUUUAAAGCGCGUCUCGAAACACCUGCAUGUUAUAUUCGUGGCGCAGCAUUUUGUUUAUUUUUUAUUUAUUAUUUAGCGCAUGAACGCGUUCGGUCUGAAUGGUCGACAACACUUUUAGAAAUGUCAACGAAUAGAAAUGUAAAUCAGACAUCCACAAAACACAAUAUGUGGAUGCAUAUUUGUUUGUUAAAACAUGCCAAAAAUGCUUAUUUGGUUCAUAGAAAUAUUAACUUGGAAAAUGUGUUUUCUAUUCACCUACAAAUUUACAUGGUAGAUAUGAAUUUUUGGGCAAAGAAAACCAAUAAAGAUCAAGUGGAUCAUUAGAAUGUGUUUUGUCAUUAUAAAUGUAAACUGUGAUUAAACUGUGUAAAUGUAGUCAGUUAUUUUGUUUGAUUUUACUGGUUUGUCCUGGUUUGUCUUCAGACUGGAAAAAAAUGAACAACUUGCAUAAAGAUGUUUGUCCCAAUUAUUUCUAA